AUGAUGAAAGCAGGCAUGAACGCUGCUCGUUUGAAUUUCUCUCAUGGCGAUCACGAGAUACACGCACAGACCAUUCAAACCGUACGAAGAGCAGCUCGUGAAUUGAACAUUCCGUUUGCCAUUGUUCAGGAUUUGCAAGGUCCAAAAAUUAGAAUUGGACGUCUUGCAAAACCCUUCAUCAUUCAAGAAGGAGAAGAAAUCAUCAUCACCACUGACAAGAAUGUGGUUCCCACUGGCGAAGAUAAUGAAGAAAGACCUCGAAAAGUCUCCACUUCGUAUCCACAUCUCGCCAAAGACUGUCGUGUCGGUUCUCGUCUCAUGAUCGACGAUGGUUAUUUGGAAGUGGUGGUCUUGGAAAAAAAUUCUGAAGAGACUGAAUUGAAAUGUCGAGUCGUGACAGGUGGUCUAUUGAAUCAAAAGAAAGGAAUUAAUUUGGCCGAUGAAGGAGCCACCAUUUCAGCUCCUGCAUUGACUGAGAAGGAUAUUGAUGAUCUCGAAUUUGGAAUGAAGUGUGGUGAAAUUGAUUAUGUGUGUUUGAGUUUUGUUCGAUCCUCUCAAGAUAUUGUCGAUGCGAGACAAUUAAUGAUGAAAUUUGCAGGAAAAACAGUUCCAAUUAUUGCAAAAAUUGAGAGAAUUGAAGCCAUUCGAAAUAUUGAUAGUAUUAUUAAGGAAUGUGAUGGAAUUAUGGUUGCAAGAGGAGAUUUGAUGAUUGAAACUCGUUUUGAUGAAUUGCCCAUUCUUCAAAAAGAUUUAAUUGAGAGAUCAUCAAAGGCUGGAAAAGUGGACAUUACAGCAACUCAAAUGUUGCAAAGUAUGGUGGAUAACAAAAUUCCAACAAGAGCUGAAGUGACAGAUGUGGCAAAUUCAAUUUUUGAUGGCACUGAUGUGACCAUGUUAAGUAAUGAAACGGCUACAGGAAAACAUCCUAUCUUGGCUGUUAAAACCAUGAGCACCAUUGUGAGAACUGCUGAUUUGAAUUGUGAACGAUUUGGAAGAUUAUCAGCACAUGAAGAUGAAUUUGAUAGUCUUGCUGCGGAUUCUAUUGAUAUUGCAACAUGCAUGGCUGCUGCUGCCAUUUCUAAAAAGCACACUUCUCUUAAAGUGGUGUGUUGCAUUACUCACUCUGGUCGAAGUGCAUUCAAUAUUUCACAAUUCAGACCGAGUGUUCCAAUUAUUGCACUCACCGAUCAAGUUGGGACCUACAAUCGUUUGUGUUUAGGUUGGGGAAUUACUCCUGUCUUGAUUAAGAAACCAGUUUCAGAAUAUACGAGUAGUGAGGAAUUGUGUUCACAGUAUUUGAAAGAAAAUGGUUUUGCAAAGAGCGGAGAUUUGAUUGUCAUGGUAUUGGGUGCAGAAACUAUUAAUCAUCAAGCUCAUACUGUACGAUUGGUGAAAUUGACUCAAUAA